AUGACAGCAGUCCUUAGCUGUGGAUUUAUAUGGAUAGAAGAGUUAACAGUACUAGACGCAAGAAAGUUGUACACUCCCGUCAGCGCACUUUCAUGGCAAGAAGAACGAGUGAUGAACGAGCUGUGGCCAGUGAAACCACAAGAGUUCCUGCCUGAACGUACUUUCGAAUGGCGACGAUAUCUGUACUUGGUCGUCCAUGGACGUCUGAACCGGGAUGGGUCUUAUCCGAACCUUCUAAACGGUUGGAUACCAUUAUCGUUCGAAACUAAUAAUGAAUUUUAA